UUAAUUAAUAUAUGAUUUUAGUUAAUUACAACAACAACAACACCGGAAUCAACGCUGUCCAUUUGGCUUUGCAAAUCUGAGCUUCCGAUCUAACCACGCACUAGCAGGCGCAGCCAGCAAGAACAAAACAAAACCACCGUUGACAUUCUCGAUGGAUGAACGAUGACGAUUUCGCCUCUCUAGCCCAAUCUCAUUCGUUCCUCUCUUCCUUGAAUCCACACUCUUAAAACUUCUACAACCUUCGUUUUUUGAAUUUUUGCCUUCGAUUCUGGUUUCUCUUCAAUUUCCCCUUCUCGCUGGGAGCAUCUUCCCUCAGAUCAUUGCAUUGGAUUCACCGCAGCGAGACAUUGUAGAAUGUAAAUGGGGAAGCUGCGGCUGCUGCUGGGGUGUGUGGAACUUAAAUGAAGGAGAAAGAAUUUGCAUGGCCGCAGUUUAUAAGAAAUAUUCUGAUCAUGGUUGGAUCGAGAAACCGGUCGCAUUUAAAGAGGCCCACUUGGAUUAUUGUUUUGCUCUCUAUAGUCUGCAUUUUUCUGGUUGUAGCUUUUAUUUAUCCGCCCCGGAGUCCCUCCUCAACAUGCAAUUUCUUUAACUCUCAAGGCUGCGGCGGUAGUACCAUUGAUCUGCCACCGGAGGCGCAUUCCCGGGAAAUAUCUGAUGCAGAGAGAGAAUCUAGGAUUGUUAUUAAUGAAGUUUUGAAGUAUUAUGCUGUCCAAUCCAAAAUCCCUAAAGUUGCUUUUUUGUUUUUGACUCCGGGUUCAUUACCUUUUGAGAAGCUGUGGCAUGUGUUCUUUCAGGGCCACGAGGGCAAAUUCACUGUAUAUGUACAUGCAUCAAGGGAAAAACCAGUUCAUGUCAGCCCCUAUUUUGUUGGCCGAGACAUCCACAGUGAACCGGUAGCGUGGGGAAUGACUUCUAUGGUUGAGGCAGAAAGGAGACUUUUGGCGAAUGCACUGUUAGACCCUGAUAACCAACAUUUUGUCUUGUUGUCUGAUAGUUGUAUACCUGUGCGCCGCUUUGAAUUUGUUUACAACUACUUAUUAUUAACAGAUGUCAGCUUUAUUGACAGCUAUGUGGAUCAUGGUCCUCAUGGAAAUGGCAGGUAUAUAGAACAUAUGUUGCCUGAAGUAGAAAAGAAGGAUUUCCGAAAGGGUUCUCAGUGGUUCUCAAUGAAACGGCAGCAUGCUAUCAUAAUUAUGGCAGACAGUCUAUAUUUUACAAAAUUUAAGCAUCAUUGCAGGCCAAAUAUGGAGGGAGGACGCAAUUGCUAUGCUGAUGAGCAUUACUUGCCAACCUUUUUUAAUAUGCUGGAUCCAGGUGGAAUUGCAAAUUGGUCGGUAACAUAUGUUGAUUGGUCUGAAAGAAAAUGGCAUCCGAGGUCAUUCAGAGCCCAUGAUAUUACUUACAAACUCAUGAAAAAAAUAGCAUACAUUGAUGAAAGUCCACAUUAUACAAGCGAUGCAAAGAGAACAGUGGUGAUUACACCUUGCAUACUAAACGGCUCAAGACGUUCUUGUUAUCUAUUCGCCCGGAAGUUUUUGCCAGAAACUCAGGAUAAAUUGAUACAAAUUUACUCUAAUUAUACAACAUUCUGAAAUAUUUAGUACACUAUAUCAUUCUUUGGUGAAUCAACCAUGUGAUCCCCAGCCUCAACGUCUUGCACAUAUGACAGAACCUUUAAUUUUGGGAGGUUCCCUAAAGCAGCUGGAUAAAUUUCUCAGGAAGAAACAGAAGCGGGUUUAGUCGAGGUUUCCUUUUCUGGGGCUUAAUGAAACUGCUGAGCUUGUCUGGUUGGAUAAUUUGAUCUUCCCAUUUUGAUUUCUUAUUUAUAAUAUUGGAAUCAUCACAGAUUCUUCUGAAGGAUGGAAAAUUUUGAUAUCCUUGAUAGAGACUAGAAAGGGAGGGAUGAGGUUUGGUCUUGAUUUUGACAGUGGAAGCUAACUGUUAUUUAUCACUGUAAUAGAAUUGAAAAUUUUAUGCAGCCAUGCAUUAAAUAUAACUUCGGUGAUGGUUCAGCAGUCA